UGCGAAGGCUCUUUAAAGGUCUAAGGCUAGGCAGGCUCCAGGCUCAAAGAGCUAAUGGGGCGGUCAGUGUGAUGCCUCCCUAGCUGGGUCUCAAGGGCCACUUCUCUGUGCCAGGAAGGAGCUGUCCCAGUGGGAGUCGUCCCAGCACACCUGAAGGGCAACACCUUCCACCUGCCUCCAGGAAUCUGGCAGGGAAGCAACACAGAGCUGAGCAGCAGUGCUUCAGGUUGGUCCAGUUUCUUCCCUGGAUUCCACCUGUGGUUGCCACACAGCUAACAGGGAGUGAGCCAGGCAGGCAGGCCUGACGGACAGACGGACUCCCCAUUUGAAACAGUUGCCACUCCGUUGGGUUGGCUGGCAUCCACAGCCCAAGAGUGAGCAGGAAGGCCACCCUUGGAAGUUCGACAUGGGCACAGGGAGGUGGCAGUGACCCAGAGCUCCUGGCAGAGAGAAGAGGCCAUGGAAGGGAGACCACUGCACCUGGAAACUCCAACCGUGCAUCAUGCCAACCUGAAUCCCAGCCCUUGUGCCUCACCAUCUGUCCUGCCCAUCGUGGCCCAACCUCCCCCACCAGAAGAGACCAUUCGAGGAGUUGCCUUCAGACCCUACCCUACAGACUCCAGAGUGGGUCCUGUACCCUGCGUGGCUCGUGAGAGCUCAAGGGCCUCCUCCACUCCAACAUUCAAGGCGUCUUGGAGGAUGGGCCAGAAGAGGUUGGCCCUCAUUGUCUGCAUCUUAAUCCUCAUUGUGCUUCUGGUGGCCCUCAUCCUGCUAUUCUUGUUCUGGCGCUCUGGCACAGGCAUCGUCUACAAGGAGCCUGCCGAGAAAUGCGACAGCCACGCGGUGCGCUGCAAUGGGAUCGCCGACUGCUCUCAGCGGAGCGACGAGCUGGACUGCGUGCGCUUCGCCGGAAACGAGUCCUUUCUCCAGGUCUACUCGGGGCCCAAGAAGCGGUGGCUGCCCGUGUGCAGCAAAGACUGGACGGAGGAUUUAUCCAGGAAGACUUGCCAGCAGCUUGGAUUCCUCAAUGCCUCCCUAACAGAUUAUGCCCGUCUCUCGUGGUCUGGGAACAGCUUCACAGCGGGAGAAGUGAACAGCACAAUCCAGCAGAGCCUCAGCAGGUCUCAGUGUGGCACUGGAAAGUAUGUUUCCCUGCGAUGCACAAACUGCGGGCAAACAAUGUCUGGCCGCAUUGUUAAAGGCAACGAAACAACAAUCAAUAAUUGGCCUUGGCAAGUGAGCCUGCACUAUGGGUCGAUUCACAUCUGUGGAGGGACCAUCAUCGAUGCUCAGUGGGUCCUCACAGCAGCUCACUGUUUCUUCAGGAAUAGUGUGAAGAUCCUGGACCAGUGGACGGUGUAUGCAGCCACCAACCUCAAGCACCUGCCUACCGCGGGCAUACCUGUUUCGCACAUCAUCAUCAAUGCCAACUACAAUGAUGAUCAUGAUGACUUUGACAUUGCGCUGCUAAAGCUCUCGAAGCCUCUGCCCUUAUCAGCCAAUGUCCGCCCAGCCUGCCUUCCCAUUGAUCAGAAGUUCCUGCCUGGGAGGACCUGCUACAUCACAGGCUAUGGCAAGACAAAUGAGAAUGAAGAGAAUACAUCGCCAAAGCUGCGGGAGGCAGAGGUGAAGAUAAUUGACUACAGACUCUGCAACAGCCAGAAUGUCUAUGACCACUACCUGACCCCACAGAUGAUGUGUGCUGGGUACUUGAAAGGGGGAAGAGAUGCUUGCCAGGGUGACAGUGGAGGCCCCCUGGUCUGUAAUGACAGCUCCCGUUGGUAUUUGGCUGGCAUCACCAGUUGGGGGACUGGCUGUGGCCAGAAGAACAAGCGUGUCUACACGAAGGUCACAAAGCUGCUUAGCUGGAUUUACAGCAAAAUGGAGAGCCAGAGCCAGACUGACUGA